AUGGAAGCCCUCCUAGAUGGCCUCAAUGCCGCUCAGAGAAGCGCCGUUACCAGCCCGGCCUCGGUCCUCCAGGUUCUGGCGCCCCCAGGCUCUGGGAAGACCAAAACACUCACCGCACGCGUCGCGUACCUCAUCAACCAUGAACGCCUUCAGCCAUGGAAUAUCAUAGUGUGCACCUUCACUGUCAAGGCCGCCCGCGAGAUGAAAGAGAGGAUACGCGGAUUCGUGGGAGACGGUAUUGAGGCCAAAUUGGUUCUCGGGACUUUUCAUUCGGUCGCGCGACGCUUCCUCGUUCGAUACGGCCAAGAGAUCGGCAUUUCUAAGAAUUUCGGCAUCGCAGACACCGGCGACAGCAGCGCGAUUAUCAAACGCAUCAUUCAGCGCCAGCAAUAUAAUGUCGAGCCGGGUCAGGCUCGCGGCCGGAUCUCGCGUCUGAAAGCGAGAGGUCUCUCAGCAGAGCAGUUUGCCGCCACCACGAAAAAAGCUGACCAACAUGAGUUCGCCUGCGUCUACUCCGAGUACGAAGAAUACCUCAAGGCCCAGAAUCUGUUGGACUACGAUGAUUUGCUGGUACGAUGCGUAGAGCUUCUACAAAAGCACCCUGCUUGCGUUUCCAGCAUACAGGCUGUGCUCAUCGACGAGUACCAAGACACGAAUAACAUCCAGUAUGAGCUUAUGAGGCUUAUGGCGCAAAGAAUGAGACGGAUCACCAUCGUCGGCGACCCGGACCAGAGCAUCUACAGCUUUCGAUCAGCCGAGAUCAAAAAUUUGCUGCGUAUGCGAGAUGACUACCAAGAAUCUAUCGUCAUCAACCUCGAGAACAAUUAUCGCUCCUCUGGAUGUAUCCUUAGCUCGGCAAUGGCAGUCAUCGAACAAGAUGAGAGUCGUCUAAGUAAGACACUACUUCCCACACAUUGUGUGGGAGAGCAACCUACACUUCGACACCUGGCUACUGCACAGCUCGAAGCGAAGUGGAUCGUCGAGGAAAUACAUCGAACGAAAACGCUCACAGCCGGCCUUUUGAACUACAACGACUAUGCUAUCCUCAUUCGGUCGACAUCUAUCUCGUUGUCGGUAGAAAGGGCCCUUGGAAACGCUGGCGUUCCUUACCGGAUGGUCGGCGGGAAGCGCUUCUUCGAUCGUGCUGAGAUUAAGAUUGUCUUGGACUAUCUGCGCGUCAUCAACCAGCCAGACCACAAUGACGCACUGACCAGAGUGAUCAACCUCCCAUCACGGAAGAUUGGAGAGAGCACGGUAAAGGCGCUGCUGGAAGAGGCGGAGACAAGGAAGAUCACGCUCUGGAAACUGAUUCUCGAUUGCGCUCAGGGCAGGAAGAAGCCGCAUAGCAAAAUCUCGGCACCCGCGCAAAAGGGACUCGAGACUUUUGUGAACUUGAUCCUCACUUCAAGACGUAAACUCUUACCUGAGGAAGGCGAAGAAUGUUAUCUCCUUGAGCUCAUCAGCCAUGUAUUGCAAAAGAUAUCCUUCGAAGCAUAUCUGAAGAGCACUUACAAGGCGAAUUGGAAAGACCGCUGGGCUAAUGUUGAAGAACUGGUAGGCCAAGCGACGCAGUUGGUGACUACGAUUGCGAACGGGGAAGAGGUUGCAGACGAGGCGUUGCCAGUAGUAGAGGGAAUCGAACAACGGCAAGACACAGCUGCCGACAUUCUGUCAAAAUUCCUCGCCAACGUCGCACUGUCUACCGAAAUCGAGAGGCCAGACGGUGGGGAACCGAAUCAAGUCACCAUCUCUACUAUCCACGCCGCCAAGGGACUCGAAUGGCCCAUCGUCUUUAUUCCUGCUGUUUACGAUGGAUCUAUCCCUCAUUCCAGAGCGGAGGACCAUGACGAGGAGCGGCGGCUGCUCUACGUGGGAAUGACCCGCGCGCAGGCGCAGAUACUUCGAAGACCGUGUCCGCUUGCUGCGGACGUACAAGCCGCGCGUAGUCUUUUGGAGCGCAUCGAAGACGACCAGUAUCCGUUGACCAGGGAGGAGAUAGACGGAGAAGAACCAUCAUGGAGCGCGUCUGGCCCGGGCACUGAUGGACUGGAACCGUCUUUGAAGCGCAGAAAGCUAGAAGCUUCCACAUCAUUCUCUAGCACCACCAUGUCGGUCACAAUGCAGAAUCAUGCAAACUUCUCGGUCGCGACAGCGACACUGAAGACAGGAAACGCCGGUUUCACCAGUGCCCGGGAUCUCAGGGCGCUCCAAGAGGAAGCAGAAGCAGUUCGGAUGCUAGCGAGCGCCAAUAGCGCUGCUUCGGGCAAGGCAUCAUACAAGGAAGCAAAGAGAGUCGAAGCGAAGGCGACGCGGACAAAAGCAGUCAAGCCGCGCGCAGCAGGACAGGGCGCUAUCACCACCUUCUUUACACGGCCUAGAGGCACUUCAUCACAGGAAUCAGCUCCAUCAGCGCCAAAGAUCGCACCGUUCAAACGAUCACAGUCUUCGCUUUCGGAGAGCUCCCCUUUGGUGGAUAUCUCAAACGUCGUCCCGCACGAACUCAGGCCUGCACGACCUUACCAGCCUCCCUCAUUCUCGAACCACAGGCCGCGCCACGCGCCAAUGUCAAGCAAACCCAAGAGGCCCGAGCCUGAACCGGACGAAGAAAAUACUAGAUAUGUGCUUCUAUCGAGCCCAUCCACGAAGCAAGACAGCCCUACUAAACUGCACAGCUAUUCAGACGACGAAGGCAAUGCGCAGCAACCUGCGAGUCCUACGAAGCAUGCCUCCUCGUCCUCUAGCUCAGUAUCGGGGUUCCGUCCAGCGUCGACUUUCCACACCACUUCUGUGGGCCAGUUGCAGAGUCACUCGGCACCGCAGAGGAAGACGUUAGGGACGCGAAGAACGAUGCAGGGCUGGAGUGUAAAACAUAGCCAGCUACCUCGUCCGCGGCAGGCGUAAGAGGAGUAUGGAUUCGUUGGCGUUUCGCAGACUUCUUGUCGUGCAUUGGGCUGGCGUUCUUAGAUUGCGGAUUUUACAGAUACGUCGCUCUUCUCAGCAUUAAUACUCUUUGAUAUCUAAAUGACAAGUAC